AUGAACGGGGACAGGCCUACGGCUAAUGGAGAGCCUUUGUCAAAUGGCAUUCAACAAGACGCUGCAACAACCACCCCGAGUGCGGGACAAAUAAAGCAAGAGGGAGAGGCUGCGGGUUUGUCUGCUUCUGGCGGUGAAGGAUCAUCCCACGCCAAUGGAGACAUCAACGCCAGCCAACUACCUGAGGGCGAUAUUGGACCUAAUGUUGCAAACGGGGUGGAGCAGGCGCCGUCGGAGAUCCUUCACCUCAUCCCCAAGGACAAUUAUCUGCCCAUAGCUGCUCUGAUAACUCGAGCUUCACAGUCGUGCUGGAAUGGUUUGUCCGAUCUUGUGGAAGAGCUUGCUUCGAUACAGGUGCCUGAACAAUCAGCAGAACAUACGAAGCUCCUGCCCAACAAUCUACCCAACAACCAAACCAGGGCAAAUCUGGACAAGAAAGAGCGUUUGCUCCAGUUUGCGAAUUACCAAAAGGCCGAUUUUGUCAAAUUGCUAGUGCUCCUUCAAUGGAGCAAGAGCGUGGACGAUGUCAGCAAGACCAUCUCAAUCAAUUUUUGGCUUAUGAAACGCCGUCAAGCCUAUUGGGAUGCCAUCGCAUCACUCGCUACUCUCAAACAAGAAUCCGCCGGCUUUCAGAUUCCCAAUCCCGAUCUGAAGGGAGGUGCAGAGGUUUUGGCAACUGGCCGGAUGCGCAAGUUCUCUACCCUGGACUACAUUCCGCAGAAAGAUCUAUCUGACAAGCAGAUACUCCAGUUGCUGAGGACUUUGAACCGCUCUCUCAGCGUGAAACUGACACUUGCGGAUGAUCUGCCCCCUCAACUUCGGAGAUAUCGGAUACACGAUGGGCGGGUCACAUUCAUUGUCCCCCACGAAUUCGAGGUCGAUCUUUCCAUUCUGGAUGACAGUCCGGAUGCUCAGUUUCGCAUGGUCGAUUUUCGCUUCUGCUUUUCGCCAUUACCGCACAUCCCAGAUAAUCUACGAUCCGAGAUUGAACUGUGUGCAAAUACAAACAUUGACCGCGACGGAUUGCAAGGCUGUUAUCUCUUCUUGCAUGAGCUGGCCCUCUCUUACAAGUUGGCCGAAUUCCACAGGCAGGCGCUCGAGUUAGCAAGGGGCCAGUGGGUGGGAAAUAUUCGUGUCGAAAUGAUUCGGCGAAAUCUCAUCAUACAAUACUGGCCAGAGAGGCAGAUCGGUAAAAGCUGGAUUGAAAUUGGAAUCGCCAGUGGAACAGCGAAGAAAGAUGGCCGGAGUCAGGACUUAGUUCCUUUCCUCGAGAUCAAAUGCAUGCGCCAGGGCAAGAGGGUGGACUCGCCACAGGUGCAUCUAGAUGAGUCCCGCUUGUCUCUUGAAGAGAUACUUCAUCAGGUCAUUGCGCAGCAUUCCACGCAAAUCUUGGACUCCAUCUAUGACAAAUUGGCUCUCACGCCACUAUUCGCAAAAGCCGAACUGUCCUUGGAUCAGAACAUCUCGCAUCAAAACCCUGAGGAGUGCUCCUUGACCAUGCAAUUAUCCCGACCUUCUCGCAUUCAGAUCAAGAUCGAACCCGUCACCGGGCUGCUGUUGAUCAGUCCAGUCAGUGAAAGGAGUGAGCGUUUGCAAUACGAAAUCAAUCGCAUACAUGGCGUCGCGGAAGAGAUCGUGUCAAAACUGCUCAACUUUAGAUGCAGUAUCAGAGAAGCUUCGGUCUUUGCAGGCACGACAGGUACCAGCUGGGAAGCCUUGCGGGCAUUCAAGUUCAAUCAGGCGGAAAUCAAAGCGCUGUUUGGAGACCCCGUUGUUCGGAUUAACUUGUUCCGACAAGCUCCAUGGGGAUUGGGAUAUUCUCUAGCAGUCACCCACAGUCAACAUGGCGAUCAUUGGUGGCUGUUACAGCAACUACGGCCGUCGGGGCCUCAUCUACAGCCACGGUUUCAGGUCAUCCGAAGCCAACGGAUCGAGAUCAGUGAGGAACUAUCAGCUGCAUAUUUUGAGCGACUUGCGGAGUAUGCGACUGGGCUGAUCUGCCUUCGACGCAAUGCGGACUAUCUGGAGGAAAGAAAGGAAAAGGUCAGCCUAGCGCCAUUCCCUGCUUUUGGACGAAAAUACGAAUUGCCCGAGUUGUCGUUCGACUUGGAUCUGUCCAGACCGGCCUUAAGGUCUCCGUCGGGUUCUACAACUCAGACAGUGCCUGCGAAGAUGUCGAAAACUUCCUGGACCUCUCCAGAUAUCCUAAAGAGCGUGAAAUUCCGGUUUGGUGGACUAGAUCGAGCGACGAAUAGUAUCACGGCAAUUGGCCAGCUUCAGAACCGAGCAAGCUCUGCCGCACUGAAACACAUUGAUGCCUCGAUUCUGGAACCGGAUGUUACCAUGAGCUCCGAAGAUGGCAGUGUCACCAUUCGAGUCAAAACUUCCAUCACCGAGCCUGCCAUUCCAGAGAUUGUGGCCAAGGCGAUGGACCUUGAAAAGAUUGUGUCGACCGUUGAACAAAUCCACCAUCUGCCAGGGUUGCAGUUGAAGAACCUUUCAAAUUCUGCCUUUACAAUCACCUACCAUACGGAGCCACCAAAAGAAUACAGCUUGGGCAUGACUUUCACGAGAGGCAGUGAAGUUCCCCGACUGGAGUUCCUGCCACUUUGCGACAACCCACAUACUCUUCUAAGUGCACAAUAUUCUAAACACUUCGAGGCGGGGCGUGCUCCUUUUGCGACUCAAGUGCGCGAUUUCUUGACUUCAUUGAAAGUGACGCUGCCACUACUGACUUUUCUGCGCGAUAUUCAAGGGAGUCAUGGACUUGAUAUCAAAGAUUCCCAAGUGCCCUCGUCGGACGGCCAGCGAAGUGCGAUGCGGGUGCAUAUCCUUCCGAGGACCACAACGGCCUUUGCAAUCCAGUAUUUUACAGCAGCAGCCGAUGUUCCUCGUGAUGUAGGACCAGGAUCACACCCACAUUUGCUCGCUCGACUGGAGAUAUUGCCACAUCUCACUGUGUCGGAAAAGCCCAUGUGGCUGGUGCGGGCCGCUCUUGAGGAUUUCCAAUCGUAUUCGAAACCGUCAUAUUCCAGUCCAGCGCUGCGGAACAAGCUGAGGGAGGAAGUAUUCGCUCGUGCAGAUAAUGGAGGCAAGUGGCUGGCGCUCGACACGGCUGCGGUCUGCCCGGCUGACCAGCCCGAGACAAUGCUUCGAGCAAUCCACGAUCUUCUCUCUAAGUGGGUCACGGAGGGAACGGCCUCCACCUCCAAAGGAGACAAGCAGAUCAAGGGGACGACGACCAGCAAGCAGGCAGGACGACAAGACAACAAUGCCAGCAACCUGAAUCAGCAGCGCAGCAGUAAUGGCAACGACAAUGGCAACAGUAAUGUCAAGCCCGUCGCGAAAGCUCCAGGUCCCGCCAAGAUGCAGGCCCACGGGGCCAAUGCGUCGCCCAACGGAGGCAUCAAGACUCAGUGGCCGCCUCCUAACGCGAGCAUGAACAUGGGAGGAAGAAUGGCAGCGGCUGGGAAAGGCAAUGCCAAUGCCAAUGCCAAUGCCAGGAGGAACAAUGAAGUCAUUACGCUGGACUGA